AUGACCAACAUCCGAAAAUCCCACCCCUUAAUCAAAAUUAUCAACCACUCGUUCAUCGACCUGCCCACACCCUCCAGCAUCUCCUACUGAUGGAACUUCGGAUCACUCCUAGGAGCCUGCCUAAUCCUACAAAUUAUCACAGGUCUAUUCCUAUCCAUACACUACACUGCAGACACAGCCACCGCAUUCUCAUCAGUAGCCCACAUCUGCCGAGAUGUAAACUACGGAUGAUUAAUCCGAUACUUACACGCCAAUGGUGCCUCCAUAUUUUUCAUCUGCCUGUAUCUUCACGUAGGUCGAGGAAUGUACUACGGAUCUUACAUAUUCAUAGAAACCUGAAACAUCGGAAUCAUUCUUCUCCUAUCAGUUAUAGCAACUGCUUUCAUAGGAUAUGUACUACCAUGAGGACAAAUAUCAUUCUGAGGUGCCACAGUCAUCACAAACCUAUUCUCAGCAAUCCCUUACAUUGGCCCAACACUAGUGGAAUGAAUCUGAGGAGGAUUCGCAGUAGACAAAGCCACUCUGACCCGAUUCUUCGCCUUCCACUUCAUCCUACCAUUCAUCAUCACAGCACUUACAAUAGUACACCUGCUAUUCCUACACGAAACUGGGUCAAACAACCCAUCGGGCAUCAACUCAGACUCGGACAAAAUCCCAUUCCACCCCUACUACUCAUUUAAAGACUUCAUAGGAUUGCAGAUCAUACUACUCAUUCUACUAACACUAACACUAUUCCACCCAGACCUACUAGGAGACCCUGAUAACUACACACCAGCAAACCCCAUGAGCACGCCACCACACAUCAAACCAGAAUGAUACUUCCUGUUUGCAUACGCCAUCCUACGCUCUAUUCCCAACAAACUAGGAGGAGUACUAGCCUUGGUUAUAUCAAUCCUGAUCCUAGUCGCCCUACCAUUCCUACACACAUCCAAACAACGCAGCAUAAUAUUCCGACCUAUCAGCCAAUGUUUAUUCUGAACGUUCAUCUCCACCCUCCUCACCCUAACAUGAAUCGGCAGCCAACCAGUAGAAUACCCUUACAUCAUCAUCGGCCAAUUAGCAUCAAUCCUAUACUUCCUCAUCAUCCUUAUUCUAAUACCCCUAGCAGGGUUAGUAGAAAACAAAAUAAUAAAAU